GCUUACGGGGCAUCCUGGCCACCACCCAGUAUGGCGACCCCAGGCCUAGGCACUUCGGUCCCUGUGUGGCUGAGCGAGGAGGACCUGGGCUGCAUUAUCUGCCAAGGGCUGCUGGAGUGGCCCACCACGCUGCCCUGCGGCCACAGCUUCUGCCUCCGGUGCCUCAAGGGUUUGUGGAUCACGCAGCGCGCGGGCGUGAAUGGCCGCCCCUGGGCCUGUCCCACCUGCCGGGAGGGCCCGGAGACGAAGCCCACGCUGCGCAAGAACCCGCUGCUGCAGGACCUAGCGGACAAGUACCGCCAAGCGGCGCACGAGCUCGAGGCUGGCCCCGAGACCGUGCCCGCGCCCGCGCCGCCUCGUCGCCCCGCGCCGCCACCGCCGGUGGCAGUACAGAAAAGCACCACAGAAUUCAUCCGGGAGCUGACAGAAGUGUUCCAGCAGUUCGUAGACGUUGUCAAGGGCCUUCAAACGCAAAGACCUCGCUUGGGAUCUGGACUGGACAAUGAACUAGGCGUCUUGGGCACGGCUCCUUCCUCUGAGGAGGAACAUUCCUUGAGUUCGCCAAAGCUGGUAACGUCCAGUGCAUCCGAGACGAAAAUUCGAGAGAUUCUCCAUAACCUAAAAGAAAUUCAGGAAAAACUACAAGGGAGUGUCCCACGGACAGACGCUCCUGGAGAACAAGUUCAGGAAAUGCCAUCUUCUUCCUUAUGCCUGCUGCCUGACCAAAGGAGUCCUGUACCCAGGAAAGCUUCUCAGUUUGCCUUAUAUGCCAUCAGUCCAACCUUUGACUUGGGGAGCCUUUCCUGUAGCCUGGAAGUUUCCAACAGUUGCCGGACAGUGACCGUGUCUCGGUGUCUGCAGCCCUAUCGUUGGAGUCCUGAGAGAUUUUUAAUUAGCCAGGUCUUAUGUUCUGAGGCCCUUUCUUCUGGCCAGAAAUACUGGGAAGUGGACACUAGGAACUGCAACCACUGGGCUGUUGGGGUGGCUUCGUGGGGCAUGAAGCGGGACCAGAUGCUGGGAAGGACUAUGGACUCUUGGUGUAUAGAGUGGAAAGGGCCUGGCCAGUUCUCUGCUUGGGCCAUGGUGAAGAAAACAGACCUUCACUUAGACCGCCCUGAGGUUGUGGGCGUGUGGCUAGACCUUGAGCUGGGGAAGCUCGCCUUCUAUUCAGUCUCUGAUGAGGAGAGGCUUCUGUAUGAGUGUGAGGUCUCUGCCUCCUGCCCUCUGCAUCCUGCCUUCUGGCUGUAUGGCUUAAGUCCUGGAAACUACCUGGAAAUAAAGCAGGUACACCCCGGGGUUAGAACAGUGGAUUCCUAGCCUCUCUGUUUAGGGGCAACUAGAGAAGUCCACUUAAGGAGACUGGAUAUGGUAGUGUAUGUCUGUAACCCUAGCACCUGGGAAGUGGAGGCAGGAGGAUCACUGCAAGUUUGAGGCCAGCCUCGUCAACAAAGGCAGUUCAAGGCCAGCUUGGACUACAUGGUAUGACUCCUCUCACUUUUGAAGUUAUUCUUUUUUGUGUGUGGGAUAAGAUUAACUUUGAGCUCUUUGAACCUUGGGCAUUUCAGAGAAAAAGCUGGCCUGGGGUGUCUCCUGAAGGUGACCUUUAAGGCCUCAGAAUAGCCUGCCUAAUAAGAGGGACUUUGGACCCUUCUCUAUCACUUAGUUCUCAUCUGGGAUUGUUGGUUCAAUCAGUGUGUGGCCAGCUUACAUGACUGACCCCUAAUUAAAAGCCCAAUCCCACAGCAUAGCUGGGUAAACAACCCUAGCCAGCAUACACUGUGUAUGUCCCACGUACCACUGUUGGGAGGGUAGAGCACUGCCCAGUGACUAGGGAGAGGGAGCCUUCCUGGACCUAACCUUGUGUGCCUUUGCUAUUGUUCCUUUUAUUCUGUGGCCUUCAAUGUAAUAAACUGAAAUCGUGAGUA